AUGACGUUAGAAAGAAACCCGGGUUGUGAAUUCGAUUUAGGCUGGCUAAACAGCGUCAACGUCAAUCUAUCUGCUGUAAAUCAUCUAGCCAAAAAAAUCUCUUCAUCCAGGGAACUCAAAGGCGAAUACCGAGCAGCCUGGAUUUUGAAAGCCAUUACCUUAAUAGAUCUCACCACUUUGGCCGGAGACGACACCAACAGUAACGUAUCCAGAUUAUGUUUUAAGGCAGCCAAACCUGUAGCCGAAGACCUUCUGCAAGAACUAGGCUUCGAUUACAGCAACGAGUCCCCGAUACACACAGCUGCAGUCUGCGUGUACCCUUCGAAAGUCCAAGACGCCGUUACAACGCUGAAAAAUAUGGGAAUGUCGGGGAAAAUAAAAGUAGCAUCAGUUGCUACCGGUUUCCCCAGUGGCCAAACGCCUUUAAAGACGAGGCUGGAGGAAAUUAAAUUCGCCGUCGAACAAGGCGCCAAAGAAAUAGAUAUUGUCAUCGAUCGAAGUUUAGUGAUAACCGGAAAAUGGGAGAAACUCUACCAAGAAAUCCAAGUCAUGAAGGAAGCUUGCGGUUCGGAGGCCCACUUGAAAGCUAUUUUAGCCACAGGAGAAUUGGGUACACUUGAUAAUGUGUACAAAGCUUCCUUAGUAGCCAUGAUGGCUGGUUCUGAUUUCAUUAAAACAUCUACUGGUAAAGAAUCGGUGAAUGCUACUUUACCGUUUGGAUUAGUCAUGGCUAGAGCUAUUAAGGAAUAUAAUGAAAAAAUGGGUUAUAAGGUUGGUUUAAAACCAGCCGGAGGAGUUAGAACGGCCAAAGAUGCUCUGGAAUGGUUAAUUCUUAUCAAAGAAACGCUGGGAAAAGAUUGGUUAUCACCAGAGUUAUUUCGAUUUGGGGCUUCUGGAUUAUUAGGAGAUUUGGAAAGCAAUUUAUACCAACACGUCACUGGAACGAUUCCAGCUGGAUACGAAUUUACAAUGGGAUGA